AUGACGGAGCCCAAGUUUGAAGAUGGUAAGCCUAAUUUGGAAACAGGUGCAGCUAAUUUGAAACUUAUAAGCACAGCAUCAGGUGUACGUGUUUCUCAAGCAUGUGACAGGUGCAGAAUUAAGAAAAUCAAGUGUAACGGGCAGUCUCCGUGCACAAACUGCAAGAAAGUCGAUAUUGAGUGCAAGACGUCAGACAAGCUAACAAGGCGUGCUUUUCCUAAAGGGUACACUGAGAAUUUGGAGAAGGAGGUAAAGAAGUUGGAGGAGGAGUUGGCGCUAUUAAAACAACAAUACCAACCACAACCACCACCACCACCACCGCCGCUGCACUCCUCCUCCUCCUCCUCGAGGCUGAAGAAAAAGAAGGAAAACAACAACAACAACAAUAAUAAUAAUGAUGCAGAUGGAGAAGAGGAUGUUGAUGAAGACGCAGACGGUGAUGAUGAAGAAAAUGACGAUGAUGACAAUAUUGUCCCCACCACGACAACCACCGCUAAUGACAAGGUCAUGUUCCAAUCUACCAACCAAUCUGUACAAAUAAAUAAUCCCAUAGAUCAAAUCUUCAACUUGGAUGAUCGAGGCAUAAUCAUUGGUAAUGACAAUCUAAAUUUUGAAUCCCAGCUCAACCAUUUAUUGAUUAACAUGAACUUGCCAUUUUUAAAAAUCACAAAUAGUCACAAUUUUUUACUAAAUGACCCCGAUACUUACUUGUAUAAUACAUCAUCAUUUGCAAAGAACAACCAGAUCCAAAAUAAAAAUUUAGACUCGAUAUAUAACCCACUAACUAGAACGCAUUCUCCCGAUAUAGGGCUAAAGGAACUACCGGGUGAUGUGUUUGACUUGUUUAUUCAACUUAUCAACAAUUUCAAAAACAUUUUCAAAUCCAAAAAGGAACUAGAUAACCAAAUUAGUCAAUAUUUCCUAAACUACAACAUAUUUAUCCCAAUUUUCGAUUACAGCGAGUUUAUGUAUAGUUAUAAUGAGUUCCAUACAAUGUAUCCCUUCAUAUUCACAUAUAAUGACUCGUCUAUUAACGGUUUUAAUUUAUCCAACUCCAAUGAUUAUCAGAUUGUGGAUAAAUUUCUAAUAACAAUAAUCCAAAUUUAUGCAAUGAUCACAAUUACCAAUCCGACAAUCAAUUUAAAUUUAUUGCUCAACCAUUCAGAUCCUCACUAUUCAAUCAACCGUGGCAAUGAAUCUAUUUUAAAGUCACUCUAUGAUUUCUUACCUUAUUUCAAUGGAUUUCAAAUUUCUGUGCCUCAACUACAAACAUACUUGCUACUACUUUACUACUCCUUACUUACAAAUAACAAAGAAAAGUCACUUAUUUUAUCCUCAUUGGUGAAUGCAUUUAUUGGUAUUUUAGGGAUAAAUUUGAAUUCCAAAAACUUGUUUUUUAACGACUUGUCAUUAAAUCAACAACAGAGAAGAAACCGAGUGAAGAUAUUUUGGACUUUUAAAGUUCUUUUGAAAUGCUUCAACUUGAAAUUCGGAUUUAAGCCAAGUUUGAAUACAACUGUAAUCAAUCCUGUUACUAUUGACCGGUACUUUCAAUUAACUCCAGAAAAAUUAUCCUCUCUAUUGGGAGACGACAAUAAUAGCGAUAAUGGUAUCUUGAAUACCAUGUUGAAACCAAGUAUUGAGUUUUUGAAUCUCAUGAAUAUCAUCAUCCCAUCUUCGUUUUCUCCAAAUUAUUACCAGUACUUGAAGAACACUAAUAAGAAAAAGAAAGGAAAGGAUAAGGGAAAAGAUAAUCAUCUUGGUCAUAGCCAUAAUCACCAUAAACUUGACUGGAUCUUAAAUGAAGACGAUGGAGAUGGUAACGAUGGGAAUUUAAACUAUAACUUUAAUCAGUUUCUUGUCAUUGACAAGAAUUUGGCAAAUUGGAGACUAUCCCUAAAGACCAAGACUUUGUCGUUGGUACCAUUCGAAGUCAACAUGGGAUUACCGAAUCUCCUAAACAUUACACAAAAUAACCUAUAUCACGAUAUGACACAAGAAGCUUUUUCAAAAGAAGUAUUGAUCAACUAUUAUCAGAGUGGCGGUAUACCCGAUAUUUAUACUUGUUCCCAAUUGAUCAAAAUACAGUUGAAUUUCCACUACAUCCUUAUCAGAUCAAUGAACUAUCUCAACUUUAUCGUGGAUAAGGAUCUAAACUCCAUUCACUAUAAGGAAAUUGCUAUAAUCUCUCAAGAAGUGUUACAGUACUUCCUUCUCAUAUUCGAUCAUGUUGGUAUUGCACACGAGAAAAUCAACGAACCAUUAAUUUCAUCAAAUUCAAUAGUCAUGGAAAGUUUAGGUUUGGAUGUGGAUGAAGAUGGUUUUGUUAUUAAUGACUUUUCUGUAAGGAGAAGGAAGAAGAAGCCACGAAUCCAACAAAAUCCCGCAAAGAGGUUUAUCAAGGAGAUCCCCUUGUCACCUUUCAACUCUAUGCUUAAUGGAUUAUCACUCACAGUAAUAAAUUUGAAGAAAUCGAUUGUUUUGCAAAUGUUGUAUUUAUUGAUUUGUCAAAUGAAAUAUAUCAAGCAAAAUGAUUUGAUUUCCGACGUCCACAAAUCUAUACUGUUGUUGACCAAAUCUGUGGAUUUGUUUAUCUCGAUUUUUACCAAUUACAAACCCGGCGUUCUGGGUUCAAAGAAGGAGAUUGAAGAUGUAAUAUUUAGCAAGUUGAUGAAUAAUGAGUUUAAAGAUGAUAUGUUGAAGUAUCAGCAACAACAACAACAGCAGCAGCAACAAGAACAACAAGAACAACAAGAACAACAUCAGCACCAGCAUCAGCAUCAGCAUCAACAUCAACAACAUCAACAACAUCAACAGCAUCAAUCACAACAUGAACAUCAAGAUUCAGAUGAUGAAGACAAUAUCACUGGUCAACUGGGAGCAAACCGUUACAAGAGUAUAGAUUGGGAUAAUGAGGAGCUAGAUGAAGAUUUGAAAUACCUCAAGAUUUGCAAAUUUAUCAAAUACAAAUCUGAGUCAAUUUCCCGCCAGCUCAACGAGGCUCUUGCCCCAGCGCCAAUGUCAACAGCGUCCUCGGUAAAUUUCAUUGAAUAUUAUAAGAUUCCAUCUAUUUCUUUUUUCUCAAAAUACGAGUAUUUCCCAGAAAAUGCCGGCACAUUUCCUAGCGAAAAUAAAGACAAGGAUUUCGGAGCUGCUCAUGACUUGAUGGGGUUAAAAAGGAGUUUGUCAAACAAUGGUAGAAAUUACUCGUACAGUAAUACAACCAAGUAA